AUGGGUGCUGUGAGACCACAAGGCUCGUGCUGGGUGAGACCAUCGGAGCCGAUUCUCUGCCACAAUUUCAAAGGUGCUUCAUUGACGCCUUGCUCAGUUUCUUUCACUUCAAACUUUCAAUCUUUACGUUCUAAUUCACAGUUGAUGCAAAACCCAACUCGGAAAUCGAAGAUCCGAGGUGGGUUUCCGGUGAAUUGUUCCGUUAACGAAGUUCUAACGGCCGGUGAGGUGAUCAAGAAGUACGUUGAGAACGGGAAUUGCGAAGAUGCAGUAGCGGUUUAUGUUAGAUUGCUUGAGCUGGGUUUGCCUGUAGCUGAGGAAUUUCAGUUCUUUCCGAUUUUGAUUAAGGCGUUUGGGGGGUUCUGUGAUGUGGGCAAGGCUAGGGAGGUUCAUGGGCACGUGUUGAAAUUGGGGGUUUUGGGCGAUGUUUACGAUGCCAAUUCGAUUUUGGGGGUUUACUGGAAAUGUGGGUCGGUUGAGGAUGCAGUCCAGCUGUUUGCGAAAAUGCCUGAGAGGGAUUUGGUGUCUUGGAAUACGAUGAUUUCUGGGUUUUGUCAUUUAGGUGAUUAUGUGAGGUGUUUGGAGGUGUUUAGGAGGAUGGUUAGGGACCAUUGGGUGUUGCCGAAUCGGGUGGCUUGUCUUUCGGGUCUUACUUCCUGUGCUUCGGUGAGGUCUUUGGUUCAUGGGAGAGAGAUUCAUGGGUUUGUUGUGAAGCGUUGGCUGGAUGGUGAUCAGUAUAUGGUUAGUGGGUUGGUUGAUAUGUAUAUGAAAUGUGGGGAUGUGAAGAAUGCGGAAUGUGUGUAUAGGAGGGUUGUUGAUGAUGAGUGUGUUAGAGGGAAUACGGUGAUUUGGAAUGUGAUGAUUUCGGGGUAUGUAUGUAAUGGGUGUUGGCCGCAGGCGGUGGAGUUGUUUCUGGAGAUGUUGGAGAUUGGGUUGUUACCGGAUACUUCCACAAUGGUGGCCGUUACAGGUUUGUGCUCUCAGCUAAUGGAUUUAGCGUUUGGGAAGCAGAUUCAUAAAUUUUGUUUGAGCACUCAGUUGAGCACUGAUGUGAGAGUUGAAACAGCUCUUAUGGACAUGUAUUUCAAAUGUGGUGAUAUUACAACUGGUCUUGAGAUCUUUAGAAGGUCCCUGAAACGUAACAUGGUCAUGUGGAGCGCUGCCAUCUCAAAUUUGUCUCAAAGUAGUCAUCCUCAUGAGGCGUUGAGUUUGUUUUAUGACUAUAUUUUAGAAUAUGGCUUUGUGGAUUCUGUCAUUGUCUUGGCUGUUCUGCGGGCUUCUUCAUCCUUGGCUGUUAAGUCUAUAGGGAUGGAAAUCCAUGGCCUAGCAGUGAAAUUGGGGUUUGAUUCAGACAGAUGUUGA